GAGGCCCCUGAGGCCCAGGCCUGGCGAUCCAGGCCGGGUUUUGCGAUCCGCCUGUACUCGGAGGCCCUCCCCAGAAGCCAGCCUGGGGCCAGGACCUGGGGCCCUCGGAAUCCGCCCGCGGCCGCACCGCAGCUAGAUGCUGGAGGGCAGCGCUGCAGAGGACCGCACCGCCCCAGCCGACCUCCCCGGGCAACCGGCGAGGCGCGGUCCAGAGGGCGACUCUGGGCCUGCAGAUCGCGACCUCCGUGUCACUCAGGAGGCCUGUCCUCACCGCGCCUGCGGACCAGCGACCCGCGCUCUCCCGGCGGAGCGCCCAGUUUGAGGCGCAGCGCGGCGUUGGUUUCACGUUUUCUGGGGUUUUUUUUUUUGUUUUGUUUUGUUUUUUACGUUUUCUGCGUUUUUUUUACGAUUCGUCUUUGAGAUGUCCGGGCUGUCACCCAGCCUAGAGUAGGGAACGCGCUCUGGAGCACCUCCGGGGGCGGGGCUUAUCCUGACCCCCGCCCCCGCGCCGCGCUGCCUGGUUGGGUUAGGGCGUUGCUCACGGCUCCGCCUCCCCUCGCCCUUUCUGCAGCGGUCGGGAAAACCCGGCACGGCCUAACCACAGAGCAGCGGAGCGGCGCCGCCCCUCGCGCACCUCCCCGGCAGCCCCGGGCGGCUGCGCUGGGCAUGCUCAGUCGGCAGGGCCGCUUCAGCUCGGAGUAGGAAGCUCGGGCGCUCACGCUGAGCGGAGCCGCGGCGGAGGAAGAUGGAGCCCUUCGCCAAUGAUAGACUUCAGCUUCCCAGGAACAUGAUUGAAAACAGUAUGUUUGAGGAAGAACCAGAUGUGGUGGAUUUAGCCAAAGAGCCUUGUUUACAUCCAUUAGAGCCUGAUGAAGUGGAAUAUGAGCCCCGGGGUUCCCGACUGCUGGUGCGAGGUCUCGGUGAACAUGAGAUGGAUGAGGACGAAGAGGAUUAUGAGUCAUCUGCAAAGCUGCUGGGCAUGUCUUUUAUGAACAGAAGCUCAGGCCUUCGGAACAGUGCAGCUGGCUACAGGCAAAGUGCAGAUGGGGCUUGUUCAGUACCCUCUGCAAGGACCUUGGUGUUCUGUGCUUUUGUCAUUGUGGUUGCUGUUUCUGUCAUCAUGGUGAUUUACCUACUGCCUAGAUGUACUUUUACCAAAGAAGGCUGCCAUAAAAAAAACCAAUCAAUGAAACUAAUUCAGCCACUUGCAACAAAUGGGAAGUUAUUUCCAUGGGCACAAAUGAGGCUUCCCACUGCUAUUAUGCCACAACAUUAUGAACUUGACCUACACCCAAACUUAACUUCAAUGACAUUCAGGGGUUCUGUGACAAUUUCAGUUCAGGCUCUUCAGGCCACAUGGAACAUUAUUCUUCAUAGCACAGGUCAUAAUAUUUCAAGAGUGACUUUCAUGUCAAUUUCAAGCCAAGAAAAACAAGUUGAAAUCUUGGAAUAUCCAUAUCAUGAACAAAUCGCCAUUAUUGCUCCAGAAGCCCUUCUAGCAGGGCACAAUUAUACCAUGAAGAUAGAGUAUUCAGCAAAUAUCUCUAGUUCUUAUUAUGGGUUUUACAGCAUCAGCUACAAAGAUGAAAGUAAAGAGAAAAAGUACUUUGCAGCAACUCAGUUUGAACCUCUGGCAGCAAGAUCUGCUUUUCCUUGUUUUGAUGAACCAGCAUUUAAAGCCACAUUUGUCAUCAGGAUCAUAAGGGAUGAGCAGUACACUGCUUUAUCAAAUAUGCCUAAGAAGUCAUCAGUCCCUAUGGAAGAUGGACUUGUUCAGGAUGAGUUUUUUGAGAGUGUGAAGAUGAGCACUUACCUGGUGGCUUUCAUUAUAGGCGAGAUGAAGAACUUGAGUCAGGAUGUAAAUGGAACCCUGAUUUCUAUAUAUGCUGUACCAGAAAAGAUUGGUCAAGUUCACCAUGCCUUGGAAACAACAGUGAAGCUUCUUGAGUUUUUUCAAAACUACUUUGAAAUUCAGUACCCACUUAAAAAAUUGGAUUUGGUGGCUAUUCCUGACUUUGAAGCAGGAGCAAUGGAAAAUUGGGGCUUGCUCACCUUCCGUGAAGAGACCCUUCUGUAUGACAGUAAUACUUCUUCAGUGGCAGAUAGAAAACUGGUUACUAAAAUCAUUGCUCAUGAGCUAGCCCACCAGUGGUUUGGUAAUCUGGUAACAAUCCAGUGGUGGAAUGAUCUAUGGCUAAAUGAAGGUUUUGCAACAUUCAUGGAGUAUUUCGCUUUGGAAAAAAUAUUCAAAGAGCUUUCCAGUUAUGAAGAUUUCUUAGAUGCUCGAUUUAAAACCAUGAGGAAAGAUGCUUUGAAUUCAUCUCAUCCAAUAUUAUCAUCUGUUCGGUCUUCAGAACAAAUUGAAGAAAUGUUUGAUUCUCUUUCCUAUUUUAAGGGAGCUUCUCUCUUGUUAAUGCUGAAAACUUUCCUCAGUGAAGACGAAUUUCAACACGCCCUUAUUCUUUACCUGCGUAAUCAUAGCUAUGCAUCCAUUCAGAGUGAUGAUUUGUGGGAUAGCUUUAAUGAGGUUACAAACAAAACACUAGAUGUAAAGAAAAUGAUGAAAACCUGGACCCUGCAGAAAGGAUUUCCUUUAGUGACAGUUCACAGGAAAGGAAUGGAACUGUCUAUAAAACAAGAGAGAUUCUUCUUAAGUAUGAAACCUGAAAUCCAGCCUUCAGAUGCAAACUACCUGUGGCAUAUUCCAAUAUCCUAUGUCACUGAUGGAAAAAAUUAUUCAGAAUAUCGAGCAGUAUCAUUACUGGACAAGAAAUCAGGUACCAUCAAUCUUACAGAACAAGUCCAGUGGGUCAAAGUCAAUGCAAACAUGACUGGCUAUUACAUUGUACACUAUGAAGAUGAUGACUGGGCCGCACUCAUCCAGCAGUUGAAAAGAAAUCCUUAUGUCCUGAGUGACAAAGACCGAGCCAACCUCAUCAACAACAUCUUUGAGCUUGCAGGCCUAGGCAAGAUGCCUCUGCAGAGGGCCUUUGAUUUGAUUGAUUACCUUAGAAAUGAGAAUCAUUCUGCACCCAUCAUUGAAGCCCUGUUCCAGACAGGCCUCAUCUUUCACCUCCUUGAAAAACUGGGGCACAUGGAUCUGGCCUCAAGACUGGUGGCCAGGGUACAUAAGUUGCUUCAAAACCAAAUCCAACAACAAACUUGGACUGAUGAGGGCACACCAUCCACGCGAGAACUUCGCACAGUCUUGCUGGAAUUUGCUUGCACCCACAACCUGGAGAACUGCAGCACUGCUGCCAUGAAGCUGUUUGAUGAGUGGAUGGCAUCUAACGGAACUCAAAGCCUGCCUACUGAUGUUAUGACACCUGUGUUCAAAGUUGGCGCAAAAACUGAUACAGGCUGGUUAUUCCUCUUAAGCAAGUAUGUUUCUGUAAGCUCUGAAGCCGAGAAAAACAAAAUACUUGAAGCUCUUGCCAGUUCAGCGGAUACACGGAGACUUUACUGGUUAAUGAAAAGUAGCCUUGAGGGAGAUACCAUCCGAACACAGAAGUUGUCAUUUAUCAUUAGGACAGUGGGCCGAGGUUUUUCUGGACACUUGUUGGCGUGGGAUUUUGUCAAAGAAAACUGGGAUAAACUUGUACAGAAGUUCCAUCUUGGGUCCUAUACCAUACAAAAUAUUGUUGCUGGAUCAACUCACCUGUUUUCAACAAAGGCACAUUUUUCUGAGGUCCAGACAUUUUUUGAAAAUCAGUCAGAGGCAACCUUUCGACUUCGGUGUGUCCAGGAGGCUUUGGAAAUCAUUCAGUUGAAUAUCCAGUGGAUGGAGCACAACCUGAAAACUCUGACAUGGUGGCUAUAGCAUGCAAACUGCACCUCAUUCUGUCACCCAUUCAGAGAGCUUGUGAACUUGGGCUCUGCUGCUUUUGCAAAAACUGAGGUGAAUCCGGGGUGGCUUCCAGAUUGUUUGCACUCUUAGGAGUUCUUGUUAGCUCAGGGCCCAACUGUGUUUUUCAUCUGUCUUUUCUGAAAUGUCCUUAAGCAGUGUGUAUUUAUUACAUUAUAUUCAUCUGUAUGCCAGUCAUCUACAAAAUCAAUAUUUUUUCUAAUUUGAGGAUAUACCAAUGGGGGAAACUAGUUUGGGAACUCUUCUAUUUCUCAGGAUCUGGAAGUUACCCACACAGUGAAACAAGGAAAGGGCUACCACAACAGCCACCAUCCUUGCAGGCUGCUGAUUUGUUAGCUGUUUCUUGCUUCUUGUUAGUAGAUGCUAUUGGAAUGUGGUACAAAUUUAGCCUCGAAGAGUACAGGAAUGAAGACAUUGAAACAUCUAGCUGUAGAGAACUGAUCUCAGGUGUGCAAAUCUACUUGCAUUUGGGGUUUUGAGUAAUUCUUUAUUUUCUGAGAAAAAUUUAAAUAAUACCUGUAACAAUUCUAUUUUUUCCUGCAGAAUAGCCAGGUGCUACAGAAUUUUUAAAUUUUUUGUUGUAUUGAAUAGCUAAAUAAGCAGGCCAAAAAGUUAAAUUGUGCAAAUGCUUAACACUUUCUGGUUUAUCUUGUGUAAAUGCUUAACACUUUCUGGUUUAUCUUGUGUAGUAUUACCACAGGAGACUAUUCCAGACUGAGUUAAUUGUAAUUUUUUCUUCAUAAAUGCCAGUAUCCCCCAGGUCUACACAGUUAUCACUCCUGCCCUGGAUUGACUUUAUGUUAUAGAUAAGUAUUUCUGUAUUUGUGGUAAACAUUGUGUCAGUGCUGGAAUAUUUUGUCACAGCCUUUUGUCUUCAUGGAUUGUAGACACUUUUGCUCCCAAUCAUACCCUUCUGAGGAUUUUCAUUUUAUAUGAUACAGUGGCAUAUUAGAAGCAUAUUUUAAAAUAGGGCCUUCGAGAAAUUACAGAUUUUUAUUUGAAGUUCACCAUAGUACCUUAAAGGAACAAAGGAGAAUGUGGGAUAGGAGUAAGUUGAAUUCACGUUUAAUAUGGUGGGCUCUGAAUUUUUCCACUAUUAAAAAUGUACUUUUCUUUGGUUGAAAAAAAAAAUCAUACUCUUUCUUUUAUUGAGGCCAAACUAGCAUUACAUGGAGUGGCCAAAAGAAAGAAAGACGGAAAAAUGAGAGAAAAUAUCCAAAAUUAAAUGGCAUUUUUAUUCCUUCUGAAGGAGAAAUACUGUACUUGAAUUUUUUGAGCUAUGCAGACCUAUAUCUAGGGUGUUGUGUUUCUUUGUUUCUUAGGAGAGACAUUUUCUUUCUAAUAACUCUUGAGAACUUUAUAUUUUGUUUGAAACAGUGUGUGUGUACAUAAAAAUGGGAGUUACUCAUUUAUGAGCACUUAAAACACUCCACAGAGUCAGACAGUGGAAAAGGUCAACUUUUUUUAUUCAGCAGAUGUAAAGUUAGAAUAUGUGGGGUUGUGUAUAAAAUUCUAUUUUAUUUUAUGAAAAUAUUUUUAUAUAACAAAAUUUAAAAGGCUAUCAAACUAAAAGCCUGCUUUAAUCCUAGUGAGUUUUUCCCCAGCAUAGUCUUUUCUAAACAUUUGUUCCUCUGUUUUUGUGUAGAAAAUAUAUCUUGAGAAUCACAGAAUCAUCUUUAGACAUUGAAACUGAGAUGAUAGAAGAUCUUUAUUCCUCUUAUGCUUUGGUAAAUGAAUGAUAAUUAAAUAGAUAUUGAAAGUUAGUGUGAUUUUGUAUUUUCUGAGUAAGAAAUACUAAGCUUUUGAGGGUUUUUUGUGUUGUUGCUUUUUUUAACCAUGUUGUAUUACUAAAUUCCACUUUAAUACAGAAUUUAAAGUUGGCUAACUUCUCAAAAUCAAUUACGAUUCUUCAUUUUUAUCUACCCAUCUUUACAUUACUCUAAAAUAUGUUAACUCUGCAUAUGGCAAAUCUUGUCUUAAAUUAUAUAGUUUUUUUCUGUAUGAGAGGAAGAGAGAGAGAGAGAGAGAGAGAGUGUGUGUGUGUGUGUGUGUGUGUGUGUGUGUGUGUAAUGGGGUGUUGUAAGUAAAGCUUUAUGAAAACAUGAGCUAAAAGGUAACUCAUGAUCCAUUGCUAUCUUUAUACUCAAAGGCUGUUCAUUCCUGUGAUACUGGAUAGGUAAUUGCCAUUUUAUUUGUAACUUUCCCUCAAUUAUUUUUAGUUUUAGUAGCCCUGACCUAAAUUUUUUCCACACACAGUUAGUUCCAUGUUUAAUAUUAUCCUGACCCAUGUAUACAGGAUGUCUUGGAACUAACUUUUAGGUCAGGAAUAUAAAGUUAAAUAAAAGGUAGAACUUAUAAUAACUGUAUUAGUAGUUUUUAUAUUUUUUUCUCCAAAACUGUAUCUUGUGCAUAGGUUUGUGGGAACUCAGAUUGAAGCACAGAAGUCACAGUAUGCUUUUUAUAUAAGCACACAGAUUCCUGCUGCAGUUGAGAACUUGAAUAUAGUACUUGAAUAAAUUUUCUGUUCAUUGCAGAGAAAUAGUCUACAACAUGAAUAUAAUAUAAAAGUUACAUCAUAGAUUAUUAAGAAGGACUGAAUUGGAAAUCUAGAGUUACAGAAGGAAAAUUUAUGCUUUGGAGAUUUGAAAGGUUAAGUUGGAGGAGUCCAGUUUGUUCUUUUAAAAUGAAAACAAUUAGAUAUAUUAAUCUGUAAGUAGUGGCAGCUUCCACUAUAAGCUUGUGCCUUAAUCUUGUUGUUUUAUUUAAGUCUCUUCAAAUGAAAUUGUGCUGUCAUUGUUUCAGUAUACAAACUUUCUGUCGUGCAUUCUACUUUAUUCUAAUUUUUCUUUGACAUAUCUGUUUUCAUUUUAUGGGACUUUAGCUACUAUAAGAACAAAGGAGCUGUCAGAAGAGUCCCAGGUGUAGGGAGCAAAUCAAGCUGCUUCAGUGUGACUGGCUACCAGAUAGAAUCCUUUCUGAAUACAUAUUGGGAAGUAAGAAAUUAAAAUUAAGUACUCAGCUUGUUACAUUAUUGAUAGCCUGUUACUGAAUUGGGUCUUAAAAGAGUGUAUGCAGCUUUACAGCAUCUGGAACCAUACUCCACAGUCAGGUCGCUGAACAUUUCCAUAAUGGCCAUGCGUGCCAUGGCGCUGUAGGAAAGGUAUAAUGCAUCUCAGAUGUGUUGUCACCAAGGAUAGCAGUUCCUGGGUUGAAUUGCAAAACUAGAGCUAGGUUUUAUUACAUAGGCCUAUGUAGGAACUAGGGUCGUAUAUCAGGUGCGCCUCUUCUCACUGUUGCCUUUGUUACUUAAGUUUUUAUUGGAAUUGACUCACUUUUUUAAAAACUUCCACCUCCCAUUUGUAUAUUUUUUAACUAAGGAGUAUAUUUUUGCAGGAUUUUGGUUCUUUUAUUUUGUGCUUCCUUGUCUGCAUUGGCAAGUACCAAAUGAAAAGUGGAGGUUCAAAAGUAUGAUAAAUCUCCUCCCCUUCCCUAGUUGCUCACAUGGGCAAUACUAGUAGAACAGUUGAGUAAUUUUUUUUUAUUAUUGUUUCCUGGUGGGGGGGAUUUUUUUAAAUGUGUGUACUUAGUUUUAGAUGUUUUUAUAAUUAUUUUAUAUAUUUUAUCCUAGUAAGUGAAAUACUGUCCAAUGAAGAUCCCCUUUCCAUGUCACCUGUUACAGGCAAUGGCUACAGAGUAGUUACAGUAUUUGUUUCCCUUUUUGGGGAAGGAGGCGAUUGUGUUGGGAAGACAGCUUAUUUUAAAAGUUGUAGGAAUGAUUUUGCUGCUAUUUUGUGAGUGUUAUUUCAUUCUGCUCUUCAUUCAUCCCUCUUGUGGGCAUGUAUAUAAACCAUGGCAGUCUGCAGGUAUGGCCUUGUCCUGUUCGCUUCUCCUCUUCCCGCCUGCAUGGACAACUAACAAAGGAGUCACAGUAGCUAUUGUUUUGAUCUAGUCUGAGGAACCAGAUUGUCUGUCUUUUCACGUGUAUAUAAAUGUUCUGCCACUUUUUAAUGUUUCAUUUUCUCGUUUCUUUGCAUGGAUGCAUGGAUGCUUGAUGAAAACUGAGGUUCAGAGUAUGACGCAUCUCUUUUCCUUUAUUGCCUCUUUAGGCAGUAGCGAAUAGAUCAGUUUUGUUUGGGGUGUGGGAGAGAGUGGGGUGUAUAUAAAUAUGUAUAAGUAUAUAUAAAUACACUCGCUGUUACGUUUUGUCCUAAUUCCUGUUGUGCUGUGUCCCUCUCAUGGCUGUGAAAGUGCCUAGCGGAAUGUGGAGGUCUGGAUGGGUGGCGGCCCCUGUCUCCUCCCCACCUCUGUUGCCUUUGGGCAGUGGAGUCUUCGAUAGAGUUGUAAAGAGUGUAGGGUGUUUGGGGAAGAGAAGGGGCAAGCAGGAAAGUGCACUCAAUGUGUGUAUAUAUGUACGUAUGUGUUCUUAGUACUAUAUUGUAUUAAUUCUUUGGGUACCCAGACUGGAAGGUACCUCAUGAACCAGAGUUCGGAUGUAUAACAGUCUCCUCUUCUCCCUUUCCCUUAUUGCCUGUUUGGGCAAUACCUUUUAGAGUAGCUCAAGAUUUUUUAAAGUUUCUUGCCACAGUAAAAAAAGUGGUUUCAGAGUAAGAGUAUAUACUUUUAAAAUGUAUAUAAAUGUUUUUAUAGGUUUUUUUCACUUCAUAUCUGUCCUUUACAUGGAUAUAUGAAGAAAAUUGAGGAUCAUUCUAUGACAAGUCUCCUCUUCCUCUUCCCUAUACUGCCUGUGUGGGCAGUGUCUAGUAGAGUAGUUCAUAGUUGCAGGGAUUCUAUGGUAUCGGGGUAUAUGCUUUUUUAAAUGUAUGUGUAUGUUUUUGCUGCUCUGUUAGGUAUUUCAUUGGGUGCCAGUCCUUCACUUGGACAUGUGGGUUCCUAACGAACCGUGGAGUUCUGGAUGUGUAGCAGUCUCCUCGUCUGCCUUUUCUUUUUGAUCUGUGUGAGCAAUAAUUUUUAAAUACUUUGAGGUUUUUUAAGAUUUGGGGGUGGGAGGGGGCUAAUGAAAGUAAGGAUAUGUACAUUUUUUAAAAAUUUGUAUAGUUAUUUUUUAACUAGUUAUUUCAUUAUGUACCAAGUCCUUUGCAUGGACAUAGAGGUACCUACUGAAACAUGGAGGUCCGGAUGUAUGAAAAUCUCCUCUUUUCCCCUUUCCUUAUUGCCUCUGUGGGCAAUAGUUGUAGUGUAGCAUAGAUUUUUUUAACUCCACUCAGAAGGAUGGGGUGUGUACUUUUAUAUCUGUAUAUAAAUAUGUUUGCUCCUUUUUUCUGGCACUUCAUUUUGUCCCUAGACCUUUCUAUGGGCACUUAGGACAUAAUGAAAAUUAAGGUUCAUUCUAUGAAAAAAGAAUCCCACUUUUCCCCUUCCCUUAUUGCCUGCCUGGGCAAUGACUAACUAGUAAAGUAGUUGUUUGAGUUUCUUUGACAAGUAUGGGGGUGGGAGAUCUGGGGUUUGUGUUUUUUUAAAAUGUAUAUAAAAGUUAGUUACUUUUUUCAUUCUUUUACUCCCAACCAAGUUUUUGUUUGGACUUUUAGGUAUCGAAUGUUAUGAGAGGCUCACAGCCAGAGGUGUGGGCCAUCUUUUUUCUCUUGCCCUGUCCACUGGGUUCAUAAAGUAUAGUGUAUGGUUACUGCAGGGCUGGGUUUGUGUUUUUAGUUUUUGUGGUUUUUGUAAUGGGGACUAGCCUUGUUAGAAAAUAUUUAUAUUUCAUUACAUAUAUAUUCAACUAAAGUUGUGUGUAAAUGUUUUUGCCCUUUUUGGGCAUUAACUUCCUUUUGAAUUUGGUCCUUUCAUGACUAUUUAGGUAGUUAAUGAACAUUGAGAUUGACUCUAUGAAAAAUCUCCUAUACUCCCCAUUCCUAAUUGCCUGGAGGGCAAUGAUAGAAUAGAUGUCUGGUUUCUUUUUGGGAUGCAGGGUGGAUGUAUA